AUGGGUUGGGAAGAAUUACCAACUAUUUUAUUAGAAGAAAUUUUCAGUCUACUACCAAUACAUUAUCGUUAUUAUUGUUCUCAAGUUUGUCAAUCAUGGUAUAGAACAUUUCAUUCACCUAUUAUUUGGCAAACAUUUAUAUUUGAUGGUCGUGUAUUUACACGAAAAAAAUUUAAUUUAUUUCGUGGUUAUGAACGUAUUCUUAAUUCAUAUCGUGUUCAACUUUAUUUACCACGUAAAAGUCAAUAUAUAAAACGAUUAAUUAUAAAACCUAUUCCUGAAUAUCAUAAUAUGUGUGAUUUUCUUAAUAUUUUAACAACUUUUUUUCAUUAUUAUGGUGCAGAUGAUUAUCCAUUACCAUAUCUUGAAGAAUUUUCAUUUACAUUUCAUGUAUUAGUAUCAAUUGAUGAUGAUACAAAUAAUCAAGGUACUAUUAUAAAUGCAUAUUAUCAACAACCAAAUAUAUUUAUACCUGGUAAAAAACGUUAUUACGGUACAGGUGGAAUUAUUUUACAAACAUUACGUCGUUUUAUAUCAUCAAUUCGUUGUUUAAAACGUUUUCAUUUAAAUAAUCUUUUACUUGGAUCAAAUUCUGAUAUAGGUGCGUGUCUUGAUGAACUUCUUGAAAAUUCAUGUGAAACACUUGAAUAUCUUGAAAUACUUAAUUAUACAUCAAAUAUUAUACCAUUGUAUAUAAUUGGAUUAUUUUCAAAUUUAUAUUCAUUAUCAAUAAGUUCACAUUCAUUAAGUGAUGAUGUUCUUCUUUUAUUUGCUAAUCAUCUUAUUCAUUUACGUCGAUUAAAUAUUAUACAAGAUGAAUUAACAAUACCUUGUCGUUAUUCAGAUUCAAUAUGGACUGAAAUAGAUAUUAUUUUACGAGAAAAUAAACGAGAAUGGUGUAUUCGAAUGGUAACAAAAGGAAAAUGCAAAAAUGAACCAUAUUGGCCAACUAGUCCAGCACCAGUACGAGCUAUUGUUUAUGAUACAAGUUUGAUUAGAGCAGUACAAACUUCAAUGUAUACUUGUAUGGAACAAUAUAGUAGAACAUUGGAAAUUUAUGCUCAUCUUCAAUCAAUGUGUCGUGUCUACAUACCACGGUCAUUUGUAGAACGUGCUGAUAUGGCUUAUAUAGGCCUUGUUAAAACACUUCGAUAUUUACAUACGUUAGUAAUAAGAGAACGAAUUUCAACUGCAACUUGUCUUCUUAUAGUAUAUUAUGGUACAAAACAUAAUCUUAAAUAUUUUCAUCUUAGACGUAAUUGUGUUAUUUUACGAAAUGAAUAUCGACAAUAUAUAUUUAAUGAACUCGGUGAUAAUAAUGAACAGAUGCAUAUAUGGUUAGAAAAAAAUUGUCGAAAAUAUAAUCAUGUAGAAGAGGCUGUAUCAUUAUUAUUUGAACGACGAUGGAAAAUGCUUAGUGAUUGGGAAUACAAUCAAAUUCGUGUUUAA